AUGGAGCGUCUACAGAGAAGGCUGCCUGUAGCUUUCCUCCUUCUUCUGCCUCUUCUGUCUGUCGACUGUGUCUCCAAUCCAAAAACUACAGUUUCCUGGUGUGUAUUGUCUGUUGCUGAAGAGCAAAAGUGUCUGGAUUUGGCCGGAAACGCUACAGCUCGGAAUAUUAGAGGAACACUGAAAUGUGUCCGUGGCCUGAACACCAGAGACUGUAUGGACAAAAUCAAGAAUGGGACAGCAGAUGCAGCCUCCAUGUUCGCAGAUGACAUUUAUGCCGCUGGCCUCUGCCACGGCCUGGAGCUGGCAGCAGGAGAGUCCCACAAUGGAGUAGAUGGUAAUAGUUACUACGUGGUGGCGAUGGCUCGUCGCUCCUCUUCAGACCUGUCCCUGCUGGAGAUGCAUGAACGCAGCUCCUGUCACCCCGGCAUUCGAACCACGGUGGGGUGGACUGUCCCUAUAGGCUACCUGGUCAACACCUCCCAGAUCAGCGUAGGGGAGCAGUGCAACUUCCCCAGAGCGGUCGGAAACUUCUUUGGUUACAGCUGUGUCCCAGGUGUCAAGGACCCCCAACACGACCCCAGAGGCAACAAUCCCAAGAACCUGUGUGAGGCCUGCAUAGGAGACGAGAACGAUAGACACAUUUGUGCCAACAACCAGAGAGAGCGGCACUACGGAGAGGCAGGGGCCCUGAGAUGUGUGGCUGAAAACCUCGGCGACGUGGCCUUUGUCAAACACACAACGGUCUUUGACAAUCUGGAUGGUAAGAACCAGGAGUCCUGGGCCCUGGAUCUGGAGCUGGAGGACCUGAAGCUGCUGUGCCCGGAUGGGACUGAAGCGGGCCUGGACGAGUAUAGACAAUGCCACCUGGCAGCUGUCCCUGCUAACGCUGUGGUGGUGCGUAUGGAGGACAAGUGCCGCGUUUGGAAGUACCUGGAACGUUUACAGAAUGUGUUUGGCAACGCCACUGAGGGCUUCAGCCUGUUCAGCUCAGCAGGCUAUGGCGAAUCCGAUCUGCUCUUCAGCGAUGCUACCCACCACCUGCAGAGGGUUCUGGGUAGCUACACCUCUUGGCUCGGCCCCUCUUACACCACCAUCCUGCAAGCCUUUGAGUGUGAGGGUAAGUGCCUGUGUGUUAAAGUGUGUUAA